AUGAACGGCAUUAAGUCGGAAUUAGAGAAAAAUUUAACCGAAGCCAAAAAAGAAUUAGAAGAAAAACUCAAAAAUGCUGAUGAAAACCAAAAAAAAGAACUCAAAAAAGCUAAAGAGGAAUUGCAAAGACAAAUUGAAGGAGUUCAAGAAAGUCUCAACCAAGUCGAACGACAACUCACUAAUGCUUUAAAUGACUUCCGUAACGAAACUAACGAACGCUUUGCCGAACAAGAACAAAAAAUCCUUAACAACAAAAGAAAGAUUGAAGAAGAACGUUUAGCAAGAGAAGCAGAAAUUCGAGAAAAAAAAGACCAAAUCAAACUAACUGCUACUAAUCUAGAAAAUCUCAGAAAAGAAAAAGGACAAUUAGAGGAUGAAUUCCUGACUUACAAAUCUCAGAGGGUAAAUAAUACUAUUACUAGGGAAUAUAAAGG